AUGCCCAGCCCCUACCCCUUCAACCUCGGGAAUCACACCCGCCCCAUCACCACAUCUUCACCAAGCGCUCAGCUGUGGUUUGACCGAGGCCUUAUCUGGGCGAACUGCUACAACCAUGAAGAAGCAUCACGCUGUUUUAUUCGAGCUGCAGAACACGACCCAGAAUGCGCAAUGGCCUAUUGGGGUCACGCGUAUGCCAUUGGACCCAAUUAUAACAAGGCCUGGAUUCGAUAUGACCGACAAGAUCUCGUUCAAACCAUUCAAAAGGCAAACUCGGCGUUAGAUCGCGCUGAAAGCCUCGCGCAUCAGUCCAGCCCCGUCGAGAAAGCACUGGUAAAAGCUCUUCGCGCUCGAUUCCCCGACCCUAAUCACAUUCCAGAAGAGAUACACGACAUGACAAAAUGGGAUGUCGAUUAUGCUGAUGCCAUGCGUCCCGUGUAUCGUUCAUUCUCAGACGACACGGAUGUAGUCGGUAUCUUUGUCGAGGCUCUCAUUUCACUCUCCCCUCGUGCACUCUGGGACCUGCAGAGCGGCGAGCCGGCCGCUCCCCACACCGUUGAAGCCAGGGAAGCUAUAGAACCUGCCCUGAACACCGUGGCCGGGCGUGCACACCCCGCCCUACCGCACCUAUAUAUUCAUCUCAUGGAGAUGUCUCCUUUUCCUCAACUUGCCUUGCCAGCUGCCGAUCUACUGCGGCGAGUGGUGCCUGACGGCUCGCACAUGUAUCAUAUGGCAACACAUAUUGAUGCGGCCGUUGGUCGGUGGGAUCGCGUUAUCGAAUCUAACGACGUUGCGGCGGAAGCAGACGACGUCUACUUCUCUUUGGAGAAGGGUUCAAUCUUGUACACCAUGUACAGAGCCCACAACGUCUUCACCAAGGCAUACGGUGGCAUCAUGGCUGGUCGCUUCCAGGUUGCCCUGGAAGCUUCAAGGCGCUUGUACGACAUAAUCACUCCAGAGCUGCUGUCCAUCCAGAGCCCGCCGCUUGCCGACUGGAUCGAGAGCUUGCUUGGCACCAUUGCACACACGCUUGUUCGUUUCGGUCGAUGGGAAGAUAUCCUCCUGCUUGAGAUCCCCACCGACCAAAACCUAUUCGUCUCCACGACAGCCAUGAUCCGUUAUGCGAAGGCCAUUGCGCUGGCUGUUCUGGGUCGUAUUGAUGAGGCAGAAGCUGCACAAGCCGUAUUUGAGCAAGCCAGAGACGUAGUCCCAUUCUCCCGCCUCAACAGCUUACCCGCCAGAGAUCGGGACGUUCUCAAGGUCGGCUCCGCUAUGCUCAAAGGAGAAUUGGAGUACAGAAAAGGAAACUUUGAUGAUGCCUUCCAGCAUCUCCGCGAGGCAGUCCGUCUCGAAGAUGCCCUGCCAUAUAGUGAUCCACCAUCCUGGUUGCAGCCUUCUCGCCAUGCCCUCGGUGCUCUGCUCUUGGAGCAAGGCCGGGUCGGAGAGGCCGAGAAAGUAUAUCGUGACGACCUUGGCUUUGGCAAGUCCCUUCCUCGACGUCGUGCAAGGAUCAACAACGUCUUUGGAUUGCAUGGACUUUACGAAUGCUUAACCGCCCUGGAGAAGUCCGACGAAGCUCAAGUUAUUAAAGUCCCGCUGGAUAUUGCCUUAGCAUCCGCCGAUGUAGAUGUUAAGGCUUCUUGUUUUUGCCGUCUCAAUAACCUAGUAAAUACCAAUGGUAGGAUUGAACUCAACUCUUGUUGUUUAAGUAUAGAUAACUCAGUCUCUAAGAGAUGCGGCAAGGGAAUUUGA